ACGUAAAACUACUACCAAACUAUCAUUAAUUAAGACUAGGUAAGCAUAUGAAAACAGCUCAAGUCGUAAACAGAAAAGUUAAACAACUUUCACCUGGACAUUGCAUUGAAGGUGCUAUUGACAUUAUUUGUUGUGAAAAUCUACCUCGGCGCAUUGGAUUUCAAGUUCAUGCAUUUAUCCAAACAUUAAAUAAAUCUAAGAAGAAAAUACAUGGGAGAAAUUGUUAACUUUUCGCAGGCUGUUAAUUAAACUCAGUAGUUCGUGGUAAUUUGAGGUUCUCGUUGCAUGCUUGUCAACCAGAGAUGCAUUCGAUUUUAUUGUUAAGAUUCAGUUUUUGUAGCUAAAAAACACAUGUAUUUUCGUAUAUAUAAAUUUUUAUUACCAAAGUGCCUUUUUUUUUUGCCAGUGCCCCUAUAAUUUCGAAAUACUUCCAGGGCUUAUGCCGUUCAUGAUAUUUUGGUAUAAUACAGAACGUUCUAACCUUUGAAUUUGGCGAGAUAUCCAUACGAGAUUACGAGUAUAAAUUUUAGGGCCUGUUUACAUGGAGGUAGGGUGACCCUAUCAGGAGGGUUACCCUAGCAAGCGGGUCAGAAAAAAGCGAGCGUUUACAUGAGGUAGGGUGACCCUACUGCUAGGGCUAUGUUGCCCGGUAGGGUCACCCUACUUAUGCGUGGUCGCUAAGCCGUCUAUUUUCGAAAAAUGGCGCCGAAACACAAAGUUUUGGUGGCAAGUUGUAUCAUGCUAUCUCUUGCUCAUUUGCUUACUAUAUUUCAAUGUUGUGGUCUGUUACUUUCUGUGUUAUUAUACCAGAGAAGACUGCAGCAGCAACUAGCAGUUCAAGCAGUAAAUGAGCGAAAUACUGCUUUAUAUUCUCUGAGACAUGUACGAAGACGAAUUGUUAGACGUCGUCGAAGAUUUUGGCGUAUUCCUGGUAGAACUGAGCAGUGGUGGCUAAACCUCUUUAACGAAAUCUUGCCUAUGUCCGAGUGGAAGAAAAAUCUAAGAAUGGAGAAGCAGGUUUUUAUGAAAUUAGCGGACGAAUUGCGACCUUACUUGGCGCCAGGUGUAGGAGGACCUCGAGACGAUGUUAUAACUGUGGAGAAACAACUGGCAAUGACAUUGUACUUUUUAAAGGAUCAAGGAUCUCUCUCCAUGACUGCAAAUGCAUUUGGUGUUGCCAUUUGUACUGUUUCUGUUGUUGUACGGAAGGUUUGCCGGGUAUUAACUAAACAUUUGGGAGCUAUAUAUAUUAAACUCCCUUCAUCCGAACAAGAAAUGAGGCAAGAAAUUAAGCAAAUGGAAAAUAAAUAUGGAUUUCCACAAGCGUUUGGUUGUGUGGAUGGUACACAUAUCCCCAUUACACAGCCCUCAGAAAAUCCUCACGACUAUUUCAGCUACAAAAUGAAAUACACAUUAAAUGUACAAGCUGUAUGCAACUGGAGAGGCUUAUUCCUCAAUGUCGAUGCUCGCUGGCCAGGCAGCGUCCAUGAUGGGCGUGUAUUUGCAAACUCAAAAAUAACUACCCUCCUUAGAGAACAGAGACUGCCAAUGGUUUACCAAGAAAUUUUUAUUGGUUAUGACAAGAUCCCUCCCAUACUUCUAGGUGACCCAGCGUACCCUUUACUACCAUUCUGCAUGAAGGAGUACCCCAGUCCACAAUCGAACGAGGAGGUCAUAUUUAACAAUAUGCUUCGAAGUGCACGAAAUCCAGUAGAAUGUGCUUUUGGACGUUUAAAAGCCCGAUGGCAAAUAUUAAACAAAAGAAUUAACAUGCAAUUGACAUUUAUUCCGGAGAUAGUCUAUGCCUGUUUUGUACUUCAUAACUUUUGUGAGAUUCAGGGGGUUAAUGUUGAUGAUGAAGUUGAGCAGCAGAUUGCACACGAUAUGGUGACACAGCCAAAUACAGUUGCAGAUUGUCUAUAUUCAUGUAACACUGCUGAGGGAGCACAGGUUAGAAAUAUCAUAACAAGGAUGUACCGAGAACACAUUCCCCAUUAG